AAUGUUUUUCCCUCUUGUGAUGUUAAUGCUCUUAAUCUGUCUUUUUUACGCUCUCCUUCUACUAUAACCACUUCUAACGUUACUAAUCUUGUAGCUGAUAACUUCCAGGACUUCAAUACUCUCGAUGUUUUGAAAUGUCUUAAAACUCUUAAGCCCUCACAUAGUCUUGGCCCUGAUGGCAUACCUGCAUAUGUUCUAAAACAAUGUGCAGAUGCUUUAUGUUUUCCUCUAACUAAUAUCCUAAAUGCUUCUUUCUCCGAAAACGUUGUACCUGUUCCAUGGAAAGACAUUAAAAUAGUCCCUGUCCCUAAACCUGGAAAUAGCAAGAACGUAAAGUUCAGACCCAUCGCCAUCACUUCCCCGUUUCUAAAGCUCAUGGAAAAACUAGUACUUCUUAAACUCGAACCCUCCCUUAAAAGCUUCGAAGACCCCAAACAAUUUGCCUACAGACAGGGUAGGAGUACUUUAGACGCUGCAGCCGUCUUACACAACAGUAUUGUCUCAUCAUUAGACAAAGGUGCCAAAUAUGUCCGCUGCACGUUUCUUGACUUUACUUCUGCUUUCGACUCUGUACCUAGAAGUCUCUUGCUAAAUAAGCUCUCCAUGACACAAACCGAGUCCUGGGUCACUAACUGGUUGCAUUCCUACUUUUCAAACAGAAUGCAGUACACCGUAUACAAAGGCCAAUCCUCCUCUGCUGUGCUCACAGAAGCUGGUGUCCCCCAAGGUGCUGUACUCUCCCCACUUCUCUUUUCUUUCUUCCUACAUGACCUACCGUCUUCAAAUGACAUUAACUUUGUCAAAUAUGCUGAUGACCUAACUGUAUCUUUACCUGUCAAAUGUCAAAGUGACUGCUCUAAACUAAAUGGCUUCUUAUCGGAAAUUAGCCAAUGGUCCAAGGAAAACGGUCUAACCUUAAACCCCUCCAAAUGCCAAACAGUUAAUUUCACCCUUAGGCAUAAAUCUGACCUAAACAAACUGGUUAGCACUCACGAGGUGUGCAACAUAGAUGGCAGUGAAAUAGAAACCAAGUCGGAAAUUAAAUACCUAGGCGUCACUCUAUCUUCUGAUCUUUCCUGGUCGUCUCAUAUCUUGACGAUUUCCAAGAAAAUAUACCGUCUUACCUUCUACAUCAAGAAGUUAAGACAUUCUGGUGUAACCCAACCCUUACUCUUACAAUUUGUUAACUCCCGUAUUCUGCCUAUUAUUCUCUAUUGCUCCCCCUUAGUCUUUCCUGGGCUAUUGAAGAAAGACUAUACCUUAUUACGUAGGAUGUUAAAGGUUGUCAGCAGGGUAAGCAGUUUGCCACUUAGCCAGCUUGUUAAUAUUCUGGUGGACAGGCAUAUGGACUCAUGUGAAAAAUGGGCGAAAUCCAUUUUAUCUGACUCACAACACCCUCUACAUUCACAACUCUCCCCAUGUAUCUCUUCAGGGAAAACAAGAAGCCUAUAUAGGAAACUAUAUGCCCGCACUAGUAAGUACAAAAACUCAUCCAUACCCUACCUAGCCCGUGUUCUGUGCGAUAAAGAAUGCAUCAGGCAUGAAACCUUUAACUUAUUAAAUAGUCAGUAGAACCAAUGGAUCUCGUCUUUCCAACUCACAUCAUUUAUAGGUACAACGUUUUCUCGCUCUUCAUUCUGUAUUUAUUUUUGUUAUGUGCUGUUUUGUUUCUCUCUUCCUUGCAAACUCUACUUAAAACAUUCUUGUUCGUUCUUUCACACUCUGUAUAUCUCGACCAUUUUGCUAUCGCUUACGCCAGUAAAUAUGCUAGUAGUAUCUACUUUUCUAACACCUUCAAACACUUUAAUUUUGGCUUUGCUACCGACAUACUAAUAUGUUGUUGAGAUAACUUUAAUCUAUGUAGAACUUUAUUUAUUGUUAAUGUAAAAAACUGGAUGCAAUAUUGUAGUAAAAUGCUGAGAAUUCCAUUCUGUAUCACAAGUACUGAUUU